GUCGCAACGCAACAUUGCCACCGCAGCGGCAUUUUGGCAGGGAGAAACGAGAAGAUUCUAUAAACCGACUCCCAAGGCAAUCUCUCUGUGACCGAAUCUAUACCCCAUCACCGUCGUCGUCGUCCCUCUACCAAACACACCAAAUGACCGCCACCACACGAUUGAGCCGCCGCCUUGGUGCAGCGGCAAUUGCCGCGGCAUCCGGAGGAGCAUUUUUCCUCUAUCAGCCUACUUUAUCCGCCAACGACGCUUGCUCCCAGCUCGCGGCUCUACGGCAGAAGAUCACCGACCCGAACGCUCUUGUUCCGGCCAGAGCGCUCCAGGAGUCGGCCCUGAUUGGCGCCAGCGCGGCCAACCCACACGACGUUCUCGUGAUCGGCGGAGGAGCUACCGGAUGUGGCGUCGCUCUUGAUGCCGUCACCAGAGGCCUCCGAGUGGGACUCGUCGAACGAGAGGAUUUCUCUUCUGGCACGUCUUCGAGGUCCACAAAGCUCAUUCAUGGAGGAGUUCGUUACUUGGAGAAAGCUGUCUUUAAUCUCGACUAUGGGCAACUGAAGCUGGUAUUCCAUGCGCUUGAGGAGCGUAAACAGAUUAUUGAGAAUGCACCACACCUAUGCCAUGCUUUGCCAUGCAUGACGCCAUGCUUUGACUGGUUUGAGGUAUUAUACUACUGGAUGGGCUUGAAAAUGUACGAUUUGGUCGCAGGGCCACGCCUAUUACAUUUGUCCAGAUAUUAUUCUGCGCAAGAGUCCAGUGAACUCUUCCCCACACUUGCAAGGAAGGGCAAAGAUAGAAACCUGAAGGGGACAGUGGUUUAUUACGAUGGCCAGAUGAAUGACUCACGACUUAAUGUUGGAUUGGCAUGCACUGCUGCAUUAGCUGGUGCGGCGGUGCUUAACCAUGCAGAGGUAAUAUCAUUUUUGAAGGAUGAAGUUGGUGAGCGGAUAAUUGGGGCACGAAUUCGAAACAAUUUAUCAGGCAAAGAGUUCGAUUCAUAUGCAAAAGUAAUUGUCAAUGCGGCUGGGCCAUUUUGUGAUUCCUUGCGGAAAAUGGCCAAUAAAGAUUUGCGACCUAUGAUCUGUCCUAGCAGUGGUGUACAUGUCGUUCUACCCGAUUACUAUUCACCUGAAGGAAUGGGUUUGAUUGUUCCUAAAACUAAGGAUGGACGUGUUAUUUUCAUGUUACCAUGGUUGGGACGAACAAUUGCUGGAACCACAGAUUCCAACACUCCCAUCACUUCGCUGCCAGAACCACAUGAGGAUGAAAUUCAAUUUAUACUGGAUGCAAUCAGUGAUUACCUUAAUGUUAAGGUGAGGCGAAUAGAUGUUCUUUCUGCAUGGAGUGGUAUACGCCCAUUGGCAAUGGAUCCAUCUGCAAAGAACACAGAGAGUAUCUCCAGAGAUCAUGUUGUUUGUGAAGAUUUUCCUGGUUUGGUCACAAUUACGGGUGGAAAGUGGACUACUUACCGUAGCAUGGCAGAAGAUGCAGUUAAUGCAGCCAUAAAAUCUGGAAAGCUGAGCCCGACCAGUAAUUGUUUAACUCACAAUCUGCGGCUUAUUGGUGGAGAUGGAUGGGAUCCUGCAUCAUUUACAGUUAUUGCCCAACAGUAUAUACGCAUGAAGAAGACUCACAGUGGCAAAGUUGUUCCUGGUGCAAUGGACACUGCUGCAGCAAAGCAUCUAACUCAUGCAUAUGGAGCUUUGGCUGAACGAGUGGCUACCAUAGCUCAGAAUGAAAACUUGGGAAAGCGGCUUGCCCAUGGAUAUCCUUUUCUCGAGGCUGAGGUUGCGUACUGUGCUCGAAAUGAAUAUUGUGAAUCUGCCGUUGAUUUUAUUGCCAGGAGAUCCCGGCUUGCUUUCCUUGACACUGAUGCAGCAGGCCAAGCAUUGCCUCGCAUAAUUGAGAUAUUGGCUACCGAGCACAAGUGGGACAAGUCGAGGCAGAAGCAUGAGUUUCAGAAGGGUACUGAAUUUUUGGAAACUUUCAAGGCGGCGAAGAAUGCUCAAUUCCAUGAUGGAAAACAUACAUAUGCAAAACUUCACUCCAACCUCUAUGAAAUCCCACCUAAUCCCUCCACUGUAAGGGAGGGAGGAGCAGGUUUCUCAUCCUACUCUAUGACACAUUAGCCAUGUUCGGUUAGUUUUCCAUUUUCGGUUUGUUUUUGUUUUCCUCUUAUCUCAACUAGAUUGGGAACGUUUGGUCCAUUGGGCUUUCGGCCGUAGUACUGCCACGCAUGCCCCAUCACUAUUCUCGCCAGUCGCUGGUAUUCCAAAUCCAGGUGGAAAAGCCGCUAAACGACCGGUGCGUAGUUUGCCACCCAAGCCGUGCACUAUUUUAACAUGCUGCCAUGUUUUCCAACCUCCAAUUACUACACGCAUCGCACUGUUGGACUUCUUACCUCUUGAUUUAUCAAAUCUUUGUUAGAUUGCUACCCCGUCAUUCGUCUAUGCAUAAAGACCAUGUGUCGGUAUCCAAACGUUCUUCCAGUGAAUCAUUAUUGUCUGGACUGUUCAUUCCUAUCUAUCAAACUAUGUUUGAGUUUUUCCUAAUCAAGUAUUGAGAGGAAAAAAAAAAUUAUGUCAACAACUCCAAAAUAGAUUA